CAAAAAGACGUAAACAAUUUUAUUUCCAGUAUGUUUGAUACAGAAAAAUUGGAAGAUAUUCCAGCAAAGAAAAUAUCAACUGAAGUAACUGCUGAUAUGGUGAAAAUUUCUUUAAAAUCUGAUCCGUCAAAGUUCUGCAUAAUGCCUCAAAAGUACGUCGAACAAGAUUUGGAAAGAAUCAAAAAUAUGGAAAUUUUUGAAGAUGAUAUUUGGGUUGUAACUUAUCCGAAAUGCGGCACAACAUGGACUCAAGAGAUGAUUUGGAUGAUCAACAACAAUCUUGACUACGAGACAUCAUCCAAAGUGCAACUUAGUGAUAGGUUUCCAUUUUUGGAAUGGAGCGGAAUAAUCAAAAAUUUUACAAUCGAUACUUUUGCUGAGUGUGAAAAUCAAUCACGUCCUCGUUACAUUAAGUCUCAUCUUCCAUUAUUUCUCCUGCCUGAUCAAUUGUGGACUGUUAAGCCUAAGAUAAUUUAUGUCGCUAGAAACCCAAAGGACACUGUAGUUUCAUGGUUCCAUCAUCAUCGACAUUUACAUUGCUAUCAAGGAACAAAGGAAGACUUCAUUGAAGCAUUUGUUAAAGAUUUAAUGCUUUAUUCACCAAUGAAUGAUCAUAUUCUUGAUUUCUGGAAGAUCCGUGAUGAAUCAAAUAUUUUGUUCCUGUUUUUUGAAGACAUGAAGAGAAACUUGGACCAAGAAGUCAAAAAAGCAAUGAAGUUUUUGAAUAAAAAUUAUUCACAAGAAGAAGUUGACAAGCUUUGCAAGCACUUGUCAUUCGACUCAAUCAAAGACAACAAAAUGAUAAAUAAGAAAGAAGAAAUCAGGAUGUUGAAGGAGUCAGCUGGAGAAAAAUUUGACCCGAAUGAGUUUAGCUUUGUCAGGAAAGGACAAGUUGGUGGAUACAAGAAAGAAUUGUCAGCUGGGGAAAAUGAAAUCCUUGAUGAUUAUUUGAAAUGUCUAAAAUUUAAAGAUUUUGAUUUUGAAUAUAAAUUUUAAAUAACUUUUCUGAUUGACAGUCCAAGAGAUUGAUUUUUAAAAUAAAAUAAUUUUUUUGUUUCUAAUUUAA